CUACCUCAAUUCCAAACUUUUCACCGAGUCCAAGUCCUCUUUACAGCUUGAUUGAACUCCUGGGUCAACGUCAAAAUUGUUCUGCACAAUGAACAGCUCGACCGUCUACCAAACCGUUGACAACGGCUACUCUUCCAUCGCCACAGAAGCUUUUUCCAGCCCAUCCCAGCCCUCCAAGAGCGCCCAGAUAGCAGCCUCAUUCGGCUAUUCUACAGAGCAAUUGGCCGCCCUUCCAGCCGGCACAAACCUCGGUCUAUCAUGCGGCAAUCCACUCGCCACUGCUAACCUUCGCCCCUACGAAACGAUGCUGGAUCUCGGUUCCGGCGGCGGCCUAGACUGCCUCGUCGCCGCAAGGCAAAUGCUCCAGACAGAUCCCUCGCCAACGGGCAAGAUCUACGGCGUCGACCGAAGCUCCAAAAUGAUUGAACUUGCCAGACGAAACGCAAGCAAGUCGGUUUUGCCCGACCGUCUCGUUGAGUUCAUCGAAGCACCUAUCACGAAGAUACCCCUGAAAGACGCCUCAAUCGAUCUGAUAGUCAGCAACUGCGUUAUCAACCUGGUGCCAGACGCGGACAAGCCUAUGGUUUUUAGCGAGAUGCAUCGCCUUCUCAAACCAGGCGGGCGCCUCGCCGUCAGUGACCUGCUCGCUAAGAAGGACAUGCCAGACCACGUGCGUAACGACGCAGCUUUGUUGAUCGGUUGUAUUGCUGGCGCGAGUCUCGUGGAUGAAUACCAUAGGUGGAUGGUCGAUACCGGUUUCGAACAAGGCAGCAUCGUUUUGGCCAACACCAAUUCAGAUCUGAAUGUAUAUCAGAAGCAGACUGCGCCGUUAUCAUGCUGUAGUUCCAAGCAGUCUUGUGAAAGCAGCCGGAAGAAUGCGGACAAGCUCGAUUUCAACGAGUGGGUUGCCGCGUAUCAGAUAUACGCCGUCAAGGGAAAGCACAUUUCCUAGCCGACACGUAGGAGAGAGUCCUGACGAAUGUCAGGUCGUGUGCGUUAUCACCUGGCGUAGAAACGCAAUCCCUCCAAGUAUUAUGUAAGCAAUCAUAAUCAUAAUCGC